ACGUCUGAACGAGUGCUUUGGCUAUUUUAGGGUUUUCUGUUCAUUUUUCUCCUUCUUUUUCAUCGUCUUCGUGUUCGUCCUCGUCCUCGUCGUCCAGGAAUGCUCUUCCUCGAGGAGAGGGAGCCACAGGGGCAGGUCUAGCGCGGUGUCGGGAGCGAGAAGGGAUUGCUGCUGCUGCUGUUGCAAGGUAGCGACCAGGGAGUGUAUGGAGAUAGAGCAGAGGCGGAGGCGGAGGCAGAGGGAAUCAGCACAGGGUCGGGGGAGGGAAGGCAUCGGGGAGGCGGUGAGCAUGGGGAGGGGGUCAAGUUUUGUGGAACUGCGGAGGACUUGAUCUACAUUUGUGGCGAGGAGGAGGUGCGUGAGGAGUGGAGAUGGCGUCUCCGCGCGUGCAGAGAAUGAGCAGUGCGUUUAGUCGCACGAGCUCCGGAUCCCCGCGGUUGCAAGUACUAGCGUCGCAUAGGUCUUCGUCUUUGUCGCGGUUCGAUCGAGAGAGUUUGUCCGAGAAUGCUGCCGAUGCAGCGGCCGCAGAGGCAGCAUCCCGGGCUGCGAUUGAGGAGUUCAAGAACGACAAGAUCUUCUCGAAGUUUCUCGUGGACGACUUUAAUGUCACGCAAUUUGCGAGUGAGGCGUUGAGCAGUGGAUCUGCCGCUGCGUCCUCUGAGAAGUUGCGAGAGGGAAUUGAGCUGUUGGAGAGGCAGCUGAGGAGCGAGGUCUUCUUACGGCACGAUGAGCUGCUGGAGCAGCUGUCGAGUUUGAAGGAAACAGAGAGUGUGCUUACUGUUGUCAGGGCUGGCGUGGAAGGCUUGCAAGCCUCCACCCAGAGAGUGAGGGCAGAAAUUGCGGAGCCUUACAAGCACAUCAAGACCAAGUCCAGGCAAUUGGCGUCCCUGCACGACACAGUGGAGCUUCUGAGAACGGUGAUCAGGGUUUUGAAGCUGGUGAAACGGCUACAUGAGUUGAUGGAAUCGGGUAGCGCUACUGCGGACCUGGCCAAGGGUGCUCAGCUUUACAAUGAGAUAGAAACCCUACGAAAGGAGACCGAUCUUGCCGGCGUGGAGGUAGUGGAUGAUGAGAUUCCGUGGGUUUUAGAGGUUGGAACUCAGAUCAAAAACGAAGCAUUGAAGGGUUUAGAGAAGGGAAUGGAGGCGCUCAACCAAGCGGAAGUGGGUAGCUUUUUGCAGGUGCUGUAUAACAUGGGCGAGCUCAAGCCAACGGUUGAGAAUUUGAUCGGGAAGUAUAAGGGAUUGACUGUCAAAAGUGUGAGUGCUGCGUUAGCUAUGAAACCUAUUUCAUCAAGCGUCGGGAGUUCUCUCGGCUCUGGAAGCAUGCAACGGACUAAUACCUCUCAAGGUGCUGGUAAUCCAAGAUCAAGAGAGAGUUUGUGGCAGAAGAUGGGAACUUGUAUGGACCAGCUACAUGGGGUUGUGGUGGAAGUUUGGCAUUUGCAGCGAGUGCUGGCGAAAAAAAGAGAUCCUAUUUCUCACGUUGUGUUCUUGGACGAAGUUAUGCAGCCUGGUGAUCCGAUGUUGGCAGAGCGGGUUUGGGAAACAGUGGUGAAAUCAUUUGCUACCCAAAUGAAAUCUGCCUUCACUGCAUCAAGCUUUGUUAAAGACCCAUUUGUUGUAGGUUACCCUAAGCUUCUCGGUAUGGUGGAUGGCUUACUGGAAAGACUAUUUAGGGAUACAAAUGUGAAGGGGGUGCCUCCCGCCAUUAAGCCUGAAGCUAGAGAUCAGCUCGUAGCAGCUUUGGAACCUUUCCAGACGGCUUAUUUGGGGAAGUCCCUCGGUCGUCUUUCUGAGCUUGUGAACAGCAUGUUUCCAUCUGCUGUCCGAGGAAGUAUUCCGUCUCAAGAACAAGUUUUCAGAUUGGUGUCUCGCAUCCAAGAGGAGCUCGAUAUUGUGAAGUCUGAUGUGAAGCUCACGUUUUUGGUUUUGCAAGAAAUUGGAGAAAUUCUUCGGCUCCUUGCUGAAAAAGCCGAAUACCAGACUGCUACAGGUCCAGAAUCACGGCAAGUCGUGGGUUCUCUAACUCCUCAGCAGUUAAAAAAUAUCACGUUGUCUCUUCAACUACAGGAUGUGCAUGCCAGAGUUACAGCUAUGUUAGUCGGCCUCCCUAGUGCAGCAAUUGAGGUUCUUUCACCAUCUCUUGGUUCUUUGUAUGGGGUUGCAUCGGAUUGCAUAACCACUCUUUUCAAAGCAAUGAUGGAGAGACUGGAGAAUUGCAUAUUACAAAUCCAUGAGCAAAGUUUUGCAUCAGAGGACAUGGAUGCUGGCAUGGGCAAUGGUUGUUCGAAGUAUAUGGAAGAUGUGCAGAAAUCAAUUAUGCACUUUCGGAGUGAGUUUCUCUCCAAGUUAUUGGCAGGGCCUACCUUAGCUAUCACAUCAGUGUCUGGGGAAUCUAUAUCAACCGGUCUAGCAAGGAAGUUGGCCUCUCGUGUCCUUUUGUUUUGGGUUAGACAUGCAGCCAUGGUCAGGCCUCUUUCAGAAUCUGGAAAGUUGCAACUUAUAAGCGAUAUGGCAGAACUGGAGCUGGUGGUUGGUCAGAGUUUGUUUCCUGUAGAGCAGCUGGGUGCCCCCUAUCGUGCCUUUCGUGCAUUUAAACCCCUAGUCUUUCUUGAGACUUCGGAUUUUGCCAGCAGUCCUUCGUUGCAUGAGUUGCCCCCUACAAUUGUACUCCACCACCUUUACACUCGAGCACCUGUGGAUUUGGAGUCUCCAAUGCAGCGCAUGAAGUUGUCUCCUCAGCAGUAUUCAUUGUGGUUGGAUGCCCAAGGUGAGGAGCAGGCCUGGAAGGGCAUUAAGACAACUUUGGAUGAGUAUGCGGCCAAGGUCCAGGCUAGAGGAGAUAAAGAAUUCUCUCCUAUCUAUCCACUAAUGUUGCAAUUGGGUGCUUCCCUUGAUUGGAAAUCCAGCCGACUUCUGAAUUAAGAAAUUCUAGGAAACCUUCCCACAUGAGUAUUUUGUUGAAGGUGUAAAUGUUAGCCAUGUUGGAUUUGAAGGUUGCUCACGCUCAUGAAUAUUUCAUUGAUUAUUUUUAGUGACGCGCGUGCGACCACACAUAGACAUAUAUGAUGAUGUGUAUAAAUCACAUUUUUUUAAUGAAGGAAUUUCUUUCUGCA